AUGGCGAGAAAUCACGAUGAAGGACGAGCCUCGAGCAGCCACGCCGAAGUAAAUGAGCGGACAUCUCUGCUAGCGCCCCCAUCCAAUGGUGCUCCAUAUCAUCAUGGCACAGCUUCGAACGGGGAUGCUCACGGGAACCACGAGCCCCAGGGUGAUAUCGACCCCAAUGAAUUCGAUGUCAUGCUUUCAAGAUCGGAGUCCAUCAAUACGGGGAUCGGCGUCGAGCCGGAAUCGCAAGAGACCGCAAUGCUUCGAGGUCCCCGAAAGUACGGGACCAUCAAUGGGAAUGGACGUAGAGCGAGUUCUGCCAGCAGGAAUAUAAGCGAACCAGAGGACGAGGAAGACUCGACUUCCAAAAGUCCCUUUCUCGGAGGCGUCGGUGUUGUGAGAUUCUGGCUCAUUUUUGGCGGCGUUCUGUUCAACUACUUUGUGGCGUGCUUCGACUCGACGAUCAUGGUCUCCAGUCAUCCGGUCAUCACAUCCUAUUUCCACAGUGCGAACAGUGCCUCAUGGUUAUCGACAGCAUUUCUCCUGACGUCGACGAGUUUCCAGCCACUCUUUGGACGCCUUUCGGACACCAUUGGGCGGAAAGCACCGUAUGUCUUCUGCCUGUCAAUCUUCUUGGUAGCCACGAUUUGGUGUGGCCUGGCCCAAAGCAUGACGAGCUUCAUUGCCGCACGAGCUUUGUGUGGACUCGGAGCUGGUGGAGUGAUGAGUCUAGGGUCGAUCAUCACGAGUGAUCUCGUUCCCAUCGAGAUUCGUGGUGCGUAUCAGUCAUACAUCAACAUCGUGUUCGGAUUGGGCUCUGCUUUAGGGGCUGCACUGGGAGGGGCGAUUGCAGACCACUUAGGAUGGAGAUGGGAAUUCGGCGUGCAGGUGCCUGCUGUGUUCAUCUGCUUCGUAUUGGCCUGGGUGACCGUUCCAACGAGGCUCGGUCUGCAAGAAGGCGCGGAGCGGAAAACUGUCUUGGAAGCUAUGAAGGUAUUCGACUUCAGGGGCUCCAUCCUCCUUACUACCUCCAUAACCUUUUUCAUUCUCGGAAUUAACCUGGGUGGAAACGUUUACCCCUGGUCUCAUCCCUUGGUCGUCACGUCGCUUGUCAUCUUCGGCAUCUGCUUCCCCCUCUUCAUCUGGGUCGAAGCGCGAGUGGCCCUCCCCAUCAUGCCCCUCAAACUGAUCCUCCACAAUCCCCGGGCCGGUCUCAUCCUCGGCAACUUCAUCGGGGCGAUCAUCCAGAACUCGGUCACGUUCAACAUCCCUCUCUACUUCCAGGCCGUCUUACUCGAGAGUGCGACCAAUUCCGGCCUGCGCCUCGUCGUCCCCACCCUCUUCUCAUCCGCCGUCGGGACCGCGACCGGAUUCCUCAUCACGUGGACCCGGCGCCUCAAAUUCCCGUUGGCGACAGGCACCGUCUUCCUGGUCAUCGGCACCACUUCGCUCUCUCUCAUGCAGAGGGGAUUGCCCGACUGGUCGUUCCUGCUCUUCUUGAUCCCUUCAAACGUCGGUAUCGGAUUCAUGUUCCCGGCUACCUUCAUGUCGGUGCUAGCCGUGUCUGACCAAUCCGAGCAAGCCGUCGUGACGAGCACCCUGAUCUUAUGGCGCUCACUCGGUAUGGUGCUUGGUGUUGCAUCCAGUAGUCUAGUCCUUCAGAACGCUCUCUUCAUCUACCUGAACCAAAAAGUCACCGGGCCUGAGAAAGACGAGAUCAUUCAAAAAGUCCGCAAAUCCGUCAAGGCCAUUGUGGACCUGGCGCCCAUCUACCGCGAGCAGGUCAUCGACGCCUACGCGUCAUCAUUGAGGGCCGUCUUCAUCAUGGCAGCCAUCCUCUCCGUCACCACCGUGUUGAUCAUCGGACGCGUUCAGCUCCCCCGUCUAGGCCACAGGAAGAAAUGA